AGUAGGUUAAAAUCCCGUAAAGCGUAAAAGCAAAUUUAAAUUAACAGGAAUUAGAGGACUUGAAAAUAUAGGGAAACAUGUCUGAGCCCAAGCCCGGAGAUGGGUUGAAAUCUUUAAGGACUUCGGCUGCCUUCAGAGUGGUUAAUUUUGAACUAUACACAGCUCCGAACAAAGCAAUCAUGGGAUUGGGUUUGGUCGCGCUGAUAGGAUGUGCCUCUUACAUAGCGUACAUGCGUAAGAAGUACGAAGGAAUGGGCUACUACCCAGCUGUCGACUCUGAAGGGAAGGAGGUGUUCAUCCGAAAAGAAUCCAAAUGGGAUUGAAUUACUUUUUAUAUAUAUUUAAAUUAUACAUUGUUAGUGUAUAUAGUGUAAAUAUACGACAAAAAUAAUAUUAAAGAUUCUUUCUA